AUGAUCAGGUCCAUCUUCGCUAUCGUCUUCAUGACCCAGGCCGUAUUGGCCAGGGUUUCCACAGUAGAACUUAGCGAUCCUCCUACAAAACCCGUCAUAACACCGGAAUUCCACUGGUCAGAACUUGAGACCAAUUUCGUGGCAGCACUCCCGCAAAACAACUUCCAUAUCGACUCGAUGGAUCAUUCUUGGACCACAGAUGCCUGCAAAAGUUUUGCUCAGUUGGCGCGCCUGGGUGUCUCAGACUAUAGGCUCUUUAACGUCACGUCAUUGAUCGUCAGCCCCUACCUAAACGACAGUAUACUUGCAUCGAGCUCGGAUGACGUCGUCAAUAUUCGGUGGAACGUCAACGUUUGGCUAUUUGCACAUGAACUGGGUCAUAGCCUCGACUUCCAUCAUCACUUCGUACACAGCACAGGAUCGCCAGAUACGGGAAAGAACGUUAGUCAAAACUGCGUAUCCCACAAAACGAGAAGCCAAGACAAACAAGAGCAGGGCAAACAGCCAGUUCAGUACUCAAAGAGCGAGGAAUGGCGGCGCAGCGAAAAGCAAGAUGACACUGUGGUUACACAUUAUGCUCGGCACACUUGGACGGAGCAUUUUGCCGAGACAGCAGUGGCCGCAAUGUACAAUGUCCUCGUACCCAACGGCCUAGCGAAGCUUCACCCAAAUGCAACACAGGUACAUCAUCAGGUCGAGCUAUGGGAGAAGAUGUUUGGUCACACAGCGACUCCAGGGGGACGAUGCACCGGACGGCAUGCUCACUCCCGAAUCGUAUGGAAGGAGGAUAGAAAGGCCGGAAAGGCGAGGUUGCCUGCGCAUGGGUUCAUCUCAGCUGUGGCCAUGCUUCCUGACGCACCGGAGGGGCCUCGCAAGAGCCCGUUUGUCACCCGCGCGAGGAAUGUUUAA